AUGAUUCUCAGUGAUGCUCAGACGAACUUUGCCUCAACCGCAGUGAUUGAAAAUUUUGGCCAAGAAGUGCAAGUAACAGCUGAAAACUUAAAAGUAACAUACACGCCUGAUUCGACGAGUGCUCAAAAGACGAUUUCGAUCGAGCCAACUGCGGACCUGUCAGCGAAUAUCAACAACGGAAAAGUCUGGUGUUGGACAACAACGGAAAACUUCGAGUUCUUCUUCUCGUUCGCCAAGAAGACUGGUGAUUCUUUUGGUGAUUUAUGCACGAAUCCCUCCCGCUUGGACGACUACGAAUUAGUCCGGCUUCUCUGCGAACAGCAAGAAAAAUCGCUCCCUUGGUACAUGGUCAAAGACAACUCUAACUUCAGAGGAAUAUCUUAUGCAGAGCAACCCAUCGAUGCAAGCGUCCUUCCAACCUCAAUUUCUUCGACUUCUUGCAGCUCGGCUGAUGCAUACUGCCCCGGCGAUCAAAUUUUAAAAAAGCUGGGAGACGACUCAAUCGCAAAAGUAAACUUCAUCCAGUCCUUCCUUGGAAACUGCCAGUUCUCCCCGCUUCCACUCAAGAAACUAAUCAUCAAAAAAGCAUGUCAACAAAUUUCCUCCAACGCCGCUGAAAUAACCGGUCUCGCUGGAACUAACGUCUGUGCAACGAAAAAGUGCACGAAUACCGUUUCCUUGAAUGUUCAAAAUGCUGCUGGAGAAACAGUUGAUCUGGCGUCUCCGAGUGGAAGUUAUGUUCAAACGAUGGAACUGAAGAUUGAGACGACAGCUGGAGCAUCCGGAUAUACAAUCAACGCAGCGACGCUGAUAAUCGAUUACACAAAUGAAACACCGAAAGCGUCUGUCAUCUCGUUAUUGGAAGGAAGUCUUACCGCGAAUGCCGCGUUACAAACAAGCAUCUUACCGGGUAACGAGCUGAAAAUAACUCCAUCUCUCGACUUUACUUCCUGUGCUGAUUCGAGUUACUCGAUCAAAUUUGGCGAGGAUCAUAUCAUGUCUUGCUCCUUGAGUGUCGCCAUUGAUGGAACUUGUGAAAAUGAUGCUUUAGCUAUCAAAAAUCAAGUCGCUCUUGAAUUCGGAAAGAGCGCUACGACAACCAUUUUAUUCGAAGAAGGAACGCCGAACUUUGAGUACAGCAUUUUAGGCGCGCAAAAUGAGUAUUUUUACUACCCGAAUUCGACAACUUUCGCAGCGGACACAACCUACGACAUCGAACACCGUGUUAUCUUCAUUCAAUACACCCGCCAACCCUCGGAUAUUUUCACAUCUGUAAUGGGCACUUGCGAAGAUUCAGAAGUCUGUUUACGGGAUGCUCCCAUCGCCACGAUCUGUUUCGCCGUUGUUUUCAUCAUUUUCCUUCUUUGGAUCUAUGCCACAAGAGACGAAGAAAGUCAUCGAAAAGUGAAAGUCCAUUAG